UAAUGGAAAAGUCGUGAAAACUUGGUGGAUCUGUAAAGCUCCAAUUAUUCUCUGGUAUCAUUGUAAUGGUGUAACGCUCCAGAGAAUAUUAAACUGAGAACACUUUCAGAUCACCCAUUUGUGAAUAUUUCUUCUUUGAAUCCACAUGAAUAUACAAUAAACCUUGUUGACAUUGUGUUGACAUUAAUUCAUGGAGAUGAAACAUUGCAUAGACUCAUCAGAAUUGGGUUUGUUCAAAGUGAUCCAAACGGGAAAGAAGAAACAUUUUCGUAUUAAAACUGGAUUAGCAAUCGCUGGAUUAUCAACAUUUAUAGUUCUAUUGUUCCUGAUUAUAAUUUGUACAAAGAAGAUAGGUAGCGAGAAUCCGUCAUCAGAAACAAAUAAUAAUAUAUUUCAAGCACCUUCUUUAAAUGACGAGAAUGCUCAAACUUCAGUGCAUCCUAAACCAUUCAAAGUUGAAUAUAGAGGACCAAUGCCUAGGAAGUUCUCACCUACUCCCCCGACUACCACCUCCACCACGAAAAGGCCUACAACUUUGAUCUAUCCACAACUGACGAAUUAUAGGAAUAGAUACUAUCCCAAAAAUAUUCAAGAGAUUGUGAGACAUAUGAGAAACAAACCUGUUCAUCAAACUAUGGAAUAUACCAAAAAUACUGGAAAAAGGGAUGUAAAUAAUUCAAAGGAGUAUUUGAACAAUUCUGUUAAUGAUGAUAUUUUCCAUCGCUACAAACCCAACGACCCUAGUGAAGUGAAUUUGUUAGCAACCGGUAGGGUGAGAUUUGCUCCUCCUGUCUGGAAAGAUUUCCGAAAUUUGGAAGAUGAACACAAUAGACCUCAACUGCAAUUCAUUCCGAAAAUAUCUCAGAUCACAAAUCAUCCGUACAGUACCAUCCCUCUGAAUUCUUCUUCCGCAGAAAAUGUUCCAGUUUUAUUGACGAACGAAAAAAGAGUGACGAAUGAAAAUGAUAUGACAAAAGUCAUGGAUCAUUUUCUGAAUUUCCGUGAAACUGCAAAGAAACCAAUGACAAUAACAUUGAAUUUGUAUCCGAUAGAAACCAGUUAUGCUGCAGGAAACAAUCCCAAAAGUGGGAUUCCGGUUUUUUCCCAAGAAGAAUCCAGAAGUGAUUUGAGUAAAAUGACCAUCAAUCUGAGGGUAUUUCCAGAACACUCAAACCUUAAUUAACGUAUUGGCAAUAAAUAAAAUUUCAAUUAAAAUACAAAGUAAUUGAUCGCUGAGCAUUUUUAUUUCUUGAAGGUGACUUAGCCAUAGUGGAUAGAAUAGCAAACAUAUGUUUGGUCUGUUC